CGUCAUGUGUUGUGACGGUGAAGACCGGAGAAGCCAAUGAGUCAGCAGCUGUAUCAAUUAGCCACCGACCUCACAGUCUACAGUUAAGCGAAGGGAAAACAAUAACAACAAGAUUGCCUCGCUCUUACACCCUUCAUUAUACCGGUUCGGUUUAGUAAAAAAUGGCAGUGCCAUUUGCUUCAAAAACAUUGCAACUGAGCUCAUCAGGUCCAAACCUGCUCACUUCUCAAGAUCACAACAUUGAAAUCGACGGAAAAGAUUUGGAAAACACUGCGAAUAGCAACGACCACACACUGCCUCUGCAUUCACCUUGGACUUUCUGGCUGGACAGAUCUCUCCCUGGAACCACUGCAGCUGAAUGUGAAUCAAACCUGAAAAAAAUCUACACAGUAGAGACUGUCCAGAACUUCUGGAGAGUGUAUAACAACAUACCAGGGGUUUCCAGCCUGCCCCUGAGGUGCACCUAUCAUCUGAUGAGAGGGGAAUGCAGACCACUCUGGGAGGAAGAAAGCAAUGCCAAGGGCGGGGUCUGGAAAAUGAAAGUGCCAAAAGAAUUCACAUCUGCUGUGUGGAAGGAGUUGUUGUUGGCUACCAUCGGAGAGCAAUUCAGUGAUCACUGUGCAUCAGGAGAUGAAGUGGUUGGAGUGAGCGUCAGCAUGAGAGACAGAGAGGACGUAAUUCAGGUGUGGAAUGGAAACGCCUCUCGGGCUACUGAAGCUAACAUCUUAGGACGGAUCCAUGAGCUCCUUCCACAGAUAGCUUUCAAAGCAGUAUUUUACAAACCCCAUCAGGAGCACCAUGCCUUCGAAGGGGGACGCUCAAGACAUUAGCAGCGUUUUGCUCACACUUUUUGAACAGACUUGAGAAACCUUUGUUGUAUCUUGUGUAUGGUUACAAUUCUGAUUCAAUUCUCAAACCAGUGGAGUUGUACUGGUCAGGUAAAAGUCUAAUGCAGUGUUAUUCGUAAUCUGUUUUUUUUAUAGAUUCUAGCUAUGUAGAGAUUUCUCAAAGAAACUGGGUUGUCCUUCAACUUUUGCUUGUGCAGAAAGGAUAAUGGUUUUAUUGGACAAUGGCUGACUUUUUCAAAACUGUAAACAUGGUGUAGUUGUAUUUUAAGAUUUUUGAAGAUGUAUGAAAGCAUAUUUUGAAUACGUUUGCUGACCUGCUGGGACAAAGUUAUAUCUUGUUAAACAUCUCAUUUCUAAUCUAAUAAUUGUUUAUUUUAAGAGAGCUUCAACUAGUGAAUGCAAUAUAAAAAGAUUUUUUUGUGUGUUUUGUACAUCGAAGCAUAAAGGUUCCUUUAUCUCUUUCUUGCAGUAGAAAAUGGUAUUUGUAAAAGCAUGGUUGAAUAUUGCACAUUCUUUCUUAGUACAUUUGAUUUUAUUAAACAAGUGAAGAGAAUAUACUGUGUUUGCAAUAACUAAACAUGAGCCUAAAUCUAAAUCAUGUUUAGCUGCUAAGAAAUAUAUGCGAGAGUUUCAGGAUAUACAGAGGUAGUUAGAGGUGUGUGUGUGUGUGUGUGUGUGUGUGUGUGUGUGUGUGUGUGUGUGUGUGUGUGUGUGUGUGUGUGUGUGUGUGUGUGCGUGUGUGUGUGUGUGUGUGUGUGUGUGUGUGU